UGUUGUUUCAUUUGAAAAACGCGAAUUUUCUAGCUUUGGACGACUUCCCAGACGCAGCCGCUCGAUUUUAUUUCUCGCACUUUAGAUGCUUGUUGGCAAUGGAGCGCUCUUACAGCUUGGCUGCGGUGCAGAGAAGUUUUAUCUCGUUUUCAGGGCCUGAUUAUAUUAAUUCUGGUUCUCUUACUAUUAAGGGUAGGUUAAAGGUGCUUUUCUUACCGCUUUUUAUGUCUCUCUCCCUUAGGAUGAGAAAGGAAAAACAAGCGGGGUAAGCGAGCACCAAAAACCUACCUCUAAUACUAGGGUAACAGGAGAAGUCGUCCGUGAAAUCGGCGUAGACGAUGAAAAGAACGAGUGGAAGCUGUGGCGAGCCAGGGGAAUGCGAUCGAGGGGGCGUUGUGUUAUCAUCCGUCUCAUUGGGUCUUCCACAUCGGAUUAUCUUCAGAAUUUUUUAUUAGGAUGUCAAGAUGGAGAAACAAUAUUGCUGCGACACGGAGACAAAGCUCAGGGAAGACAGGACAAAGACAGUAUUUUCCUUGCGCGUGUAGUGGGUCGUCGGGACAUGACGAGGCAGGAGGUGAUGGUGAGAGUCGAGAGGCACGCUGCGUCUGCUGUGGCUGAUGGCAAGCACGUUUUGGCGCCGCCUGGCACUCGAUUCACACUCUCUCGUGCGGAUUCCGGAGUUACCUAUGAAAGACAAGUGGCAGCUGUAACGAAUUUUGCUCUGAAAGAUAAAAGUUCGAGCUUUGUGGAACAUUACCUUCAGCCGACAGUUCUUGGAGGUAAUGGUGGUGAGGCAUCCCGUUUGACGUUUACAGAUACGAUUCGAGAUUUAUUGUUUGAUCGGAGAGAAGACUUGAAACAGCAAACGGGCAUGAAACUAGGAGAUGCGCAAGCAGAGGCCUUGAAAUCUGCGUUAGCCAAAGACGUUACCUUAAUUCAAGGACCUCCCGGAACUGGGAAAACGCGAGUGAGUUGCAAAAUUCUCCAAGCCUGGCUUUCAGGCUUGAAAGCGGAGCAGCAACAAGCAGCAUCUCAGCUCGCAGCGUAUCACAAAAGUUCAGCUGGGUUUAAUCCGAAAUGUGGUGCAUUUAAAGGUGGUGGAAGUGGAACAUCAUCAGGCGCAGCUGCCGCCUCUUCUCAAAUGGUAAGUGCUUUUGCCAGACGUGGAAUGCCUGAUGCCAAUGCGGUUGUCUCUAGAUCUGCGCCACAAACUCAAUCAGCGCCUUCCUCCUCUUCACCCAAUUCCCCUACGAGAAGAGCCCAACAAAAGGAGCAACAACACUUAGAAAACAGAGUUGAGAAACUACAGCGGACAAAAAUACUGGCAGUUGCGGAUGGAAACAUUGCUGCCGAUAACCUGUAUGACGGCUUGCGGAAACUAGGUAUCGCUAAUGUAGCCCGUCUUGGAGUCAAU